UUUUUGCAUAUUCUUAAAAUUCUUUUUAGGCAGCGCCUGAGGCACACCUUCAGUCUCUCUCCAUCGUCCCCAUACUCCUUCGCUUUACGAAUCUCUCCAUUUCUUAGGAUCAGAGAUCCAGAUUGCUUCGAAUAAGGUGGUGGGAGCUUCGGAAGUAAAGCAUUCUUGCGAGCAGUGAGGGUUGGGUAGUUUUACUCGGCAGAGAAAGCGCGGGCUUGGCCGGAGGGAUCUCGGCAAGAAUGGCGGGGUGGGAAUCUAGGGUUGAAGUGAGGGUCGAGUCGUAGUGGCCCUGGUGUUGUGAGCAGUGGAGAGCGGUGGUUGUGGUUGUUUGAGCUGGUGAGCGUAUUCGAGGCUUCACUGGCUGAUCUGCUGGCGGGGGUUUUCUCCGAGUAGGGGAGUUUGCCUCCGUUUGCAAGGCCAUGAGAUGACCCACUUUCGUAAGUCCGCUAGAUGAUGGUUAUCCAGUUAAAAAUCAAAUUUAGAAAGAGACCAACAAUCCUGUUAGUUACGCAUAAAAUGCCGUCAUGGUGGGGAAAAUCGAGCUCCAAAGAUGCUAAGAAGAAAACGACCAGGGAGAACUUUAUAGAUACAUUGCACAGGUUUAUAAGUUCAAGUGAUCAGAAAGGUACUAUAAAAUCAGGAGUGGGCCGUAAACGAUGCAGUGACAUUGCCUCCGAGAAAGGCUCCCGCUCAAGAGCAGAUUCAAGAUCAUCAUCUCCUUCUACUCAGGUUUCACGGUGUCAAAGUUUUGCAGAUAGACCCAUUGCCCAACCACUUCCACUUCCUGGUCUUAAGCAGGCCAUAUCUCGAACAUCUUCUGGAAUCAAUGUUUCCAAGCCAAUCUUGGAAAAACGUGGAAAACCUCAGCUGGUUUUGCCAAUGCCUACACCAGGUCGUGUUCCAAAGAGGCCCGAAAUGGCUGAUACCGAUGGAGAUUUGGUCACUGCAUCUGUUUCUAGUUACUGUUCUGUUGAUAGUGAUGAAGCCACAGAUUCUCGCCUGCAUAGCCCUGUUGGGAAUGAUUUUGAUAGAGGAAUCAGUGGCGUCCAAAGAGAACAAUCUUCUUUGACUGUUCGGAAGAGUUCGAUGGAUACAUCAAAACCCGCAAUUUCACUGCUCAAUAGCCAGUUUUUAUCUUCGUCACCCAAGCGCGGGCCUUUGGGAAGUCAAAGCAGUGUUGUGCAUGGUGCUCGUAAUGGUGCUUUUGGAAGUGCCCCAGAUAGCUCAAUGUCAAGUCCUUCUAGAAGUCCAAUAAGAGGGGUUUUCCCUGAACAGAUCCCCACCAGUGCAUUUUGGGCAGCAAAGCCUCACCCAGAUGUUACUUUUCUUGGGUCUGGCCAAUGUUCCAGCCCUGGCUCUGGACAGACAUCCGGGCAUAACUCAAUGGGUGGAGAAAUGCUGGGCCAGUUCUGGCAACACAGCAGGGGUAGUCCAGAGUAUUCUCCUAUUCCUAGUCCUAGAAUGACAAGUCCUGGUCCAAGCUCCAGAAUACAUAGCGGAGCUGUUUCUCCACUCCAUCCAAGGGCUGGUGGUACUGCACCGGAAUCACCUACGAGUCGGCCUGAAGAAGCAAAGAAACAAAGCCACCGCUUACCACUGCCACCAAUAAAUAUUUCUAACAGUUCUCCAUUUUCUCCUACUAACAUGCAAAUGCAAUCCUGCACUUCCAGUAUUCCUAAAAGUCCUGGAAGAACGGAUAAUCCUCCAAGUCCUGGAUCUCGUUGGAAGAAGGGAAAACUCAUAGGGAGGGGUACAUUUGGACAUGUUUAUGUCGGCUUUAACAGCGAAAGUGGUGAAAUGUGUGCAAUGAAAGAAGUCACCCUAUUUAUGGAUGAUGCCAAGUCCAAAGAAAGUGCGAAGCAGCUAGGGCAAGAAAUCUCUCUCCUCCGGCAGCUGCGACAUCAGAAUGUUGUGCAGUACUAUGGAUGCGAAAUGUUAGAGGAUAAACUUUACAUCUAUUUGGAGUAUGUGUCUGGUGGAUCCAUCCAUAAACUUCUUCAAGAAUAUGGACAAUUUGGUGAACCAGCAAUUCGUAGCUAUACCCAGCAAAUUCUUUCAGGCCUAGCCUAUUUGCACACUAAGAAAACAGUCCAUAGGGAUAUUAAAGGUGCAAAUAUACUUGUCGACCCAAAUGGACGAGUAAAACUGGCUGACUUUGGGAUGGCAAAACAUAUUACUGGCCAAUCAUGUCCCUUAUCAUUCAGAGGUAGUCCUUACUGGAUGGCACCUGAGGUGAUAAAAAACAUGAAUGGCUGCAAUCUCGCUGUGGAUAUAUGGAGCCUUGGAUGCACAGUAUUGGAGAUGGCUACUUCCAAACCUCCAUGGAGUCAGUAUGAAGGGAUUGCAGCUAUGUUCAAAAUUGGGAAUAGUAAAGAACUUCCAACGAUACCUGAUCAUCUUUCAGAGGAAGGAAAGGAUUUUAUAAGGCAAUGCUUACAACGUGAUCCAUCUAAACGCCCUUCAGCAGCUGAGCUAUUGCAGCACCCAUUCAUCAAAAAUGCCUCCCAACUGGAAAAAUCAACUCUUGGUUUUAGCCCUCCUGAACAACCUUCAGUCAUCGCAAAUGUUUCAAAUUCAAAGUGCGUAGGCCAAGUUAGAAAUCUUUGCUCUUUGGACAUGGAUGGACAGGCAAUGCAUCAGUUAAGAAGUUCAAAAAUAUCAGCAAUUGCAAGUGACGUACACAUGAGAAACAUGUCAUGCCCGGUAUCUCCGAUCGGAAGUCCUCUGUUAUUUUCAAGCUCCCCGCAACACAUCAAUGGAAGGAUGUCCCCUUCCCCCAUAUCAAGCCCUCGAACCAUGUCCGGCGCUUCGACACCACUCACCGGCGGCAACGGCGCACUCCCUUUCAACCACACGAAGCCGCCGGUUUACCUCUACGAAAGCCUUCCAACCUCAAGACUGACGAUGAACGAUCCCCAUUCGCAUCAUUCGUCCCGGUCCGACCUCUUCAACGGAAUGCUCCAAAGCUCCGUUGCCAUGCGGGAGCGAAUAACCGCCGAUACAGAAAUACUUGGAAGUCAAAGGUAUGAUCUUUAUGAAACACAUGAGAAAAGAUCAUCAUUGUUUGUGGAUAAUAUUUCAAAUCAUAUUCUGAGGGAUCAUGUUAAGUUAAGCCCGUCUCUCGAUCUUCAUCCCCGUUCGCCCAACGAUCGUCGUGUACAUGGGAUUUAACUGCACUAAACCCUAAUGAUUAGCAGAGUCCUGACCUAGAGAUCUUAGGAUGGUUUUCAUUGUUUGUGCAAGAUCUGUGAUGUUGCCAUGUGUAGGGCUGAGAAAAGGAGGCCUUGUAAAAUGAAGGGGGGGAAAUUAACCCAUCGAAUAAAGUUUUGAUACAAUAUUCUAAUCAAUGAUAUAUGAGAUUUGUUGGGUAA